AUGUCCUCCCUCCGCAAUGCCGUCCAACGGCGAAACCAUCGCGAACGCGCCCAACCCGCCGAGCGCCAAAAAUGGGGUCUCCUCGAAAAGCGCAAAGACUACAAACUCCGCGCCGCUGAUCACAAGUCCAAAACCAAAAAGAUCAACGCGCUGAAAGCGAAAGCCUCGGAGCGAAAUGAGGAUGAAUUCUACUUUGGAAUGAUGAGCUCAUCGAGCAAAGGCGGGAUCAAAGUCGCAAAGCGUGGCGAAGCAAAUUCAGGCGGUGGAGGGAAAGUGCUGUCGCAGGAUGUGGUGCGGUUGAUGAAGACGCAGGAUCAGGGAUAUUUGCAGACUAUGUUGCAGAGGACGAGGAAGGAGAGAGGGAGGUUAGAGGAGGACGUUCUGCUGGGUGAGACUGGAGUCAAGGCGGAGCCGGAUGGUGGAGCACGAAAAGUGAUAUUUGAUGAUGAGGGACUACCGGUGUUGGCUGGUGAUGUCGAUUUGAGCGAUCUGGAUGAUGACAUGGAUUUGGAGGACUUCAACAUGGACUCUGGGUUUCUGGAUGAGGAGGGCGAGGAGGAGAGUGAUGAGGAAGAGUCUGCCGAUGAGAAUUUGACACCGGAGGAACGGUUAGCGAAGAGUCGGAAGAGGCACACAUUAGAAGUGAAGCGGAAAAAGCUGGACGCACUGAAAGAGCAAGAGGACAAGUUGAGCGCGGCACUGGAAGGUCUGGACCAUCAACGAGCCCAGAUGGCUGGCACAAUAGGCGGCGUCAAUAAGAGCGGCGUGAAGUUCAAGGCGAAGUCACGGAAGCGAUGA